UCUGUCACGCUUGUAAAAGUAAGAUCAAAUAAUUCGGUCAUCCUUCGUUGAUUCAGGUUGGGCCAAGCUUCUCGUAAAUAAUUAGGCUUUUUGUUUACUGGCUCGUAGUGGCCUUGUUCUCUUUAUUCACGUAGACUUCUAGUAGAAUUGGCUAAAAAACAGCAGGGAAACUCGAAAAAGCGAAAAAUGAGUUCAAUAGAAGACUACAGAUUUAUGCUACUAGAAAUUUCACACCAAGUAAGACUAGACGAACUGGAAGGAAUGAGAUUCUUAUGCGUGGAUUUUAUUCCUGACUGUAGAAGAGAAGACACGAAAGGAACACUGCACUUUUUUCGAGAACUCGAAAUGCAGAAUAAGUUGGGUAUCGAUAAUUUAGACUGGCURAUAUCCAUGCUUAAGCAUUUAAAAAGAGAAGACCUUGUUUUGAAGUUAACUGGGUUUCAAGUCCAAAGGAAUUUUUAUCUGAGGCGUUUAUGUUCACACCAAAGAGCGAGUUUGACGCCGACACAGGAAACAAUCAACAGCAGAGAAGUAUUUGGUACUACAAUUGUACACUCUGAGGACACACAUAAUACGGACUACAAUUUUAACGAAUCUUACUCAGCAAGUCAUUAUCAUUCAGUGAAUCAGCCAUCUGCUUACUCUGGCAGCGAUAGACAACCAGGAGAGUUUGCUCUGCGGUGUAUUUUGAGACUAGCAACGACGGGAGCUUGGCUCGGUGGCAGUGCUUACUUAUUGAACCGAUACAAAGACGAUCCCGAAGCAUUAGUUACUAUGGUAACGGGCGUGGUGUUACCGACGGGUGUCAUGGUGCGUUACGUGACGUCUGGGUCGAUCAAAAUGAUGCUUUGGGCAACAGACUUGUAUGCUUUGAACGACUUGUGGAAAAGAUACAAAACUGGUCAGCUUCGAGAGGAUCUAGAAAAAGUGUUGGUGACAGAAGAACUGAAGGAACAGGCAGAGGGCGAACAGAUUGAAUUCAGCGUCGAGAUCGACGAGCAAGAAUACAGAUAUGCUUGUAUGGACUUGGUGAUUGCCCAAAAACAAGCUGAACAAAGUUACCACAACAGUCUGUUGUCAUCGCGACGACGCUCUCGAUCUGUCGAUAGUCUGACGUCAUUAAGACUUCAGGAGAUGUCACGUGACUUGAACUGUCCCGCUCAUCCCGAGACAAACCAAAAGAGAGUUAGCAUUUUAAACACGAAAAGUGUUGCAAUCUGUUCAAGACAAAGCAGCUUUGGAAGUGAGACAUCUGAUGAUGAAGGCUCUUUUCAACUCCUUAGGGAUUUCCUAGAAAUUAGCGGAAAAGCACGCGACGUGUGUUCACUCCUUGACCGUCCAAUGGUGAUUUGUAACGACUGGAGAAAUCUUGCCUCCGAGUUUAGUUACAAAAUGAUUCACAUUCGUCUCUGGGAAAGAAAUCACUCGCCUUGCAUGACUCUUUUAGAAAACAUCACAUUAAGAGAUCCUGACACGCGAGUAUCAAAACUAAUCGAUAAACUGUCGGCUAUUGAUCGACAUGAUGUCAUUAGACUUAUACAAGGUCGUGAACCCAAAAGUGACCCAAGGACAGUAUGGCAUUUUCCAUUCAGUACUCGCAAACAACUGUCCUUCGAACUAGACAACGCCACAAAAGAACAGUUCCAUUUUGUUGUCAGUGACAUCUUCAAGAACCUUGAAGCGAGCAAAAUAGAGUCCCUAAGUAAACGUCCCUCCCCUACAAUGGCCCUCUUGGAGGAACUAGAGACAAUGUGUCCUUGUUUACCGAUGUUCCAUGUACGAGAUGCGUGCUACCGAGCCAAGGUGUAUGGCGCGGUGAAGAUCAUGGACAGYCAUAUAAGGAAGAAAAGCUUUCAGGGCAAAAUAAGUAGUCAUAGAAACCUGUUUGAACACGUGGGGAGCGAUGAAUCGAAGAGUGUCGGUUCAUUGAGCCGUGAUUCUGCGAUUGAACAGGACCUGAUGGAACAAGAAGGGUCAUGAUGGAUUGAAAGUACAAGUUGUGAAUCACUUGGCUCAGUGACACUAGAGAAAAACGUUUGCGCAUGCGUGCAUUUUAGCACGUUUUCUAAGAAUUUUGAAGAGUUUGAGUGAGAAAAUAAACGUUUGUUUCCUCCAAGUAUACUAAAAA